UUGGCACCUCCUCGUCUAACCCCAAAUUACCUCCCCCCCCCCCCCCUGGCCACCCUGCCUGCCUGCCGCCGCCACACACGUGGCUCCUCACUGAGCCCCCAUCCUCUACUCCUCCUUACCCUGCUAGUCAGCCCUCUCGCCAAAAGUCAGCCCCCCCCGGACCCUGUCCAAAAAAGUGAGCACCAACCCUCCUCUCCUCCCCCUCAUCUCCACGCUCCCUUCCAGCCAUGCUGAGAGCGGCGCUGGUAGUACGAUGCAGGUGUGCCCUCGGGGCAUCCGUGGCGCGGCGUGCUCCUCCCAGAGCCCUCGCCUCCACGUCCGCGGCGGGGCCCGGCGCCGCUGAGCGCACGGGACCAUCGGCUCCCGGUGGGGGGCCCGGCCAGACUGCUGCCCCCCGCGCGAGGCUGCACUCGAGCGCGGGGGCCGGCUCGGGCCGAGGGCUCGACCGCCUCCUCCCGCGACACGACGACUUCUCGGAGAGGCACAUUGGCCCGGGGCCCGAGGAGAGGCGAGAGAUGCUGGCUACGUUGGGGCUACAGAGCAUGAGCGAGCUGGUGGACAUGACCAUCCCAGCCAGCAUCCGACUCAACCGAGAGCUCAGGAUGGAGGAUCCAAUCUGUGAGAGUGAGGUGUUGGCGAACCUGCGAGCCAUUGCGGACAAGAACCAGGUUUGGCGAUCCUACAUCGGCAUGGGUUACUACGGCUGCUGCGUGCCGGCUGUCAUCCAGAGGAACCUGCUGGAGAACGCCGGAUGGCUGACCCAGUACACGCCCUACCAACCCGAGGUGUCCCAGGGCCGCCUCGAGUCGCUGCUCAACUUCCAGACAAUGGUGUGCGACCUCACGGCCCUCGACGUGGCCAACGCCUCCCUCCUGGAUGAGGCCACCGCGGCCGCCGAGGCCAUGGGCCUGGCCCACAGGCUGAACAAGAGGAGGAGGUUCCUGGUGGACUCGCGCUGUCACCCGCAGACCAUCGCCGUUGUGCAAACGAGAGCCGAGUCUAUCGGCGUGCAGGUAGAGCUGGUGGACGCCUAUGACCUGUCGAGGGUGGACGAGGGGGUGAGCGGCGUUCUCUUCCAGUACCCGGACACGGAGGGGCUUGUGCGGGACCCCUCUCUCAUCGUGGAGUGGGCACACCAGAGCGGGGCGCUGGCGGUGUGCGCCACGGACCUGCUGGCGCUGUGCGUGCUGCGCCCCCCGGGGGAGCUGGGCGUGGACAUCGCGCUGGGCAGCACGCAGAGGCUGGGGGUGCCGCUGGGCUACGGGGGCCCCCACGCCGCCUUCUUCUCCGUGCGCGAGUCCCUCACUCGCCUCAUGCCCGGCCGCAUGGUCGGGGUCUCGCGGGACGUCGCCGGCAAGGAGGUCUACCGCUUGGCGCUCCAGACACGGGAGCAGCACAUCCGCCGUGACAAAGCCACGAGCAACAUCUGCACCGCACAGGCCCUGCUGGCGAACAUGUCUGCGAUGUUCGCAGUUUAUCACGGUCCCCACGGCUUGAGGCACAUCGCUCAGCGCGUGCACAACUCCACACUGCUCCUCGCCGAAGGUGUGCGUCGCGCUGGCCACCGCCUGCACCACGGCUCCUUCUUCGACUCGGUGAAGGUGGACUGCGGCGACGCGGGGCGCGGGGUGGUGCGGCGCGCCCGCGAGCGCGAGAUCAACCUUCGCCUGUUCCCCGACGGAACGCUCGGGGUGUCGCUGGACGAGACGGUGACGGAGCGUGACCUCGAUGACCUCCUGUGGGUGUUCGGCUGCGAGUCGUCCGCGGAGUUGCUGGCGGAGGCGGUGGAGGGGGAGCCACGGGGGAGCCUCCUGCAGUCUCCCUUGCGCCGCACGAGUGAAUUCCUCACCCACCCAGUCUUCAACAGCCACCACUCGGAGACGAACCUGGUUCGCUAUCUGAAGCGGCUCGAGAACAAGGACAUCUCCCUCGUGCACAGUAUGAUCCCCCUGGGUUCGUGCACCAUGAAGCUCAAUAGCUCCACAGAACUCAUGCCCGUGACGUGGAACGCCUUCUCGGGGCUUCACCCGUUCGCCCCGCGGGAGCAGGCGCAGGGCUACACGCAGAUGCUGUCCGAGCUGGAGCGCGCGCUGUGCGAGAUCACGGGAUACGACCGCAUCUCGUUCCAGCCCAACAGUGGAGCGCAGGGAGAGUAUGCGGGGCUCGCCGCAAUCCGCGCGUACCUCAAGUCCCAAGGACAGGGCCAUCGCAACGUUUGCCUGAUCCCCAAGUCGGCUCACGGCACGAACCCGGCAAGCGCCCAGAUGUCCGGCAUGAAGGUGCAGCCCGUGGACAUCGACCGGAGCGGCAACAUGGACAUGGCUCACCUCAAGGCCAUGGCGGAGAAGCACAAGGAUAACCUGGCGGCCAUCAUGAUCACGUAUCCGUCGACGUACGGCGUGUUCGAGGAGAACAUCCGCGACGUGUGCGACCUGGUGCACACGCACGGCGGGCAGGUCUACCUGGACGGCGCCAACAUGAACGCGCAGGUCGCGCUGUGCCGCCCAGGAGAUUACGGCUCGGAUGUGUCUCACCUGAACCUGCACAAGACGUUCUGCAUCCCCCACGGAGGUGGCGGGCCCGGCAUGGGGCCCAUCGGAGUGAAGCAGCACCUGGUGCCGUUCCUGCCGUCACACCCCGUGGUGCCGCUGCACGGGCCCGGGGACUCCCCCCUGGGCACCAUCAGCGCCGCCCCCUGGGGGUCAAGCUCCAUCCUCCCCAUCUCCUGGGUCUACAUCAAGAUGAUGGGGGCGCGGGGGUUACGCCACGCCACCGAGGUUGCGAUCGUCAACGCCAACUACAUGGCCAAGCGCCUGGAGCAGCACUACCGCAUCCUCUUCCGGGGAUCGAAGGGCUUCGUCGCUCACGAGUUCAUCGUGGACGUGAGGCCGUUCAAGAAGUCUGCCAACAUCGAGGCCGUGGACAUCGCCAAGCGCCUGCAGGACUACGGGUUCCACGCCCCGACGAUGUCGUGGCCCGUGGCGGGGACGCUGAUGAUCGAACCGACAGAGUCGGAGGACCGGGCAGAGCUGGACAGAUUUUGCGAUGCCCUCAUCGCGAUUCGCAACGAGGUGGCUCUCAUCGAGGCCGGGCGCUUGGACCCCGAGAUCAACCCCCUCAAGAUGGCGCCGCACACCCUGGCGUGCGUCUCCGCGACCCACUGGGACCGGCCGUACAGCCGCGAGCAAGCCGCCUUCCCCCUGCCGUUCGUGAGGCCCGACACCAAGCUGUGGCCCGCGGUGGCAAGGAUCGACGACCUGUACGGAGACCAGCACCUGGUGUGCACCUGCCCUCCCAUGGACGCCUACGAGUCGCCCUCCCCGCAGAGAGCCUCUUCGUGAGCCCCCCCCCCCCCCAACGCACGAGGCCUUUACUCUUGAGGCCGUUGACGCCUCGUCACGGGAUCUCGGCACCUGUGGCUGUGUUCGAGAGGCCUUUUCGAUGUCUUUGUUGUGAGAGCCUCGACGAGCGAGGCCUCGUCACGAGGUGGACAGGAGGCCUAAGUCGCACGGCUUUUGUGUUGAGGGCCCCCCAGUCCUCUUGAGAUGCACGAGGCUUUUGACGUGACGCGUCUUCUUACACGACGCGCAUCGAGCCGCAACGUGUCAACGCAAAGUCGACGCGCUAAGCUCGCCGCACCGAUACGCAAACAUCAAGGGGGGGGGGGGGCGGGAAUAGACACGGGAAAACGAAACAAAGAUACGACACAAGUGAGACGGGUGCUCCAAGACACAGGGGCAGGGAGACACGAGACACAUGGGAUGAGACACGGGAGCCCUGGAGCCGGUGUCUCCGACUUGAGACGGUGCGGCAAUGUGGGAAUAUUUUUACUUUCUGUUGAACUAGUUUUUACUGAAGUAACCGUAGUGAUUUCCUUGUAGGGGUACAGUCGCUCGACAGCAGUGGAGCAAGAGCACGUGGCGGGCGCUCCGUGCGGUCACGUGUGAGGGAGUGAUGAUGAUGUAAUGAUGACGUUGUGCGAUUGUUAACGCCACCGCGUGGGGCUUUGCAGCUGUGCUGCACAGUGACGCGAUUGUGAGGCUGUGGUUGUUACCGCGCGUUGUUUUAGACCUCGUAUCUGGCAACGUGGAGCGAAAUGCCGGAUAUUGUGCCCGGAAACGGCACGUGGUAGAACCCGAAAACACAUUGAAUGAAGCUGUGCGGUGGACCGGUGACGCUUUCCAUCUGAUGGACACGAUGAUGUUAAUGACGAUGUGUGAUUGCGAUGUGACGAAAAUUCGAUGUCUGGACGUGUGCGGGUGAUGUGUGAUGGACCAACCAUCACGACAUUUGCCGGACAGGCUCGACUGCCCGUGGUGUUGCUUGUCGCAAGGUGGUUGCUUGCUGCGUGUGCGCGUGUGCCUGAGGGGCCGUCCAUAAAUGACGUCACGCACCUGGGGGGGGGGGGGGUCAGACAUUUGUGACGAUGUGUGACGAGGGGGGGGGGGGUUUGAGAAAUGUGACGUCACAUCAAAAUGCGCAACUUUAAAUAAAUAUAGAAUUGUUAUAACACUCCUACAACAACGCCACAUUAAAUACGCACUACAAUGACAAUAGUUUAAAGCGAUUUCAAGCAUGUUUUUUUUUUCAGAAAUGGAAAUAUGGUUUUGGGUGGAGGGGGGAGCAGAGCUUUGUGACGUCAUUUGAGGGGGGGGGGUCUAACUUUCUGUGACGAGGGGGGGGGGGUCAAAAAUCGUCCAAAAUAGCGUGACGUAAUUUAUGGACGGCCCCUGACUCGCUUUUAUCAAGUGCCUGGCGCUGUUUGCCAUUGACGAGAUGCCUUCCGUGUGAGACCUCGCCAGUUCGUGCCCGUGGGUUUUAGUGCGUUUAACGGGAGAGAACCCUUAGCGCAGGUAUAUGUUUGGUGACGACGACGACGACGAUGAUGAUGCACUUUGUGGUUAUACGUUUUUAUCAGCAUUCCGAGUGAGCAAUAAACAGAGUUGAGGUGUA